AUGCCACCAAAGCGAAAGACUUCCACAACUGAGCCAAAUGGCUCACACCCUCCAAAGAAAAGCAAGUCUGACUUGCACCAGCCGCAUCCGAACGCGAAGCAGACCGAAGACUUUGGCAUUGUUCUUCGCCAAUUCUAUCCACCGGAGAUGAGCAAUGAGCGAUGCCAAGCAUACACAGAUGGAGAGCUGGAACGCCCCAUUGAAACUCUGCAGAAAGCUUGUCGGGAAACCGCAGAUAAGCGCGGGUCAAUUGGACCUGGCAGCGCGAUUGUCCAUUGGUUCAAGAGCGAUCUGCGGCUUCACGACAAUAGAGCCCUGCAUGCGGCAUAUCAGACUGCAAAGGAACACGGAAUCCCGUUGAUUGCACUCUAUAUCGCGUCACCCGAGGACUGGUCUGCUCAUUUGACAAGUCCUGCCCGUGUGGACUUUACCCUGCGCAUCCUGAAGCAGCUUCAAAAGGAUCUCGCGGAGCUUGAUAUUCCACUGCACAUGGAAACCCAGGAGAAGCGAAAAGUCAUCCCUCGUCGCAUUGUAGAAUUGUGUCAGAACUGGGGUGCCAAGCACCUCUCUGCGAACAUUGAGUAUGAAGUGGAUGAAUUGCGCCGCGAGGCGAAGUUGGUUCGCUUAUGUGCCGAGAGCGAUAUUAGCUUCGCUCCGACCCAUGACACCUGUGUUGUCAGUCCCGGUGCAUUGGCGAGUCAACAGGGCAAGCAAUACGCCGUGUACACCCCGUGGUAUCGUUCCUGGUUGGCAUUCCUGAAGGAGAACCCUGAUUACCUCGAAACAUCCGAGGAACCUGGGUCCAACCCUGGCAAUGCACGCAAAGACUUCAAGGACCUGUUCGACUGCCAGGUGCCAGCCGCCCCCAAAACCCAUGAGUUACCGGAUGCCGAGAAAAAGCGCUUCGAGGAGCUCUACCCCGCAGGCGAACAUGAAGCGCUUCAGCGCCUGGACAAAUUUCUGGAAGCGAAAGGCAAGAAAUAUGAAGAGAUGCGGAGUAUCGUGGCUGGCGAACAUACUUCUGUUCUCAGUCCGUACUUCGCGUCGGGCGCUCUGAGUGCCAGAACUGCUGUUGCCACAGCCAAAAGAGCCAACAAAAACCACCUUGACCGAUAUGAUCCCGGCUACAUGACUUGGAUUAGUGAAGUGGCUUGGCGCGACUUUUACAAACACGUUCUGGUCAACUGGCCAUUUAUCUGUAUGAACAAGUGUUUCAAGCCCGAGCAUACCAACAUCGAAUGGGAAUACGACCAAGACCUCUUCCAAGCCUGGUGUGACGGAAAGACCGGAUACCCGAUCGUUGAUGCGGCCAUGCGACAACUUCGUCACUCGGCCUGGAUGCACAACCGCACUCGCAUGGUGGUCUCGUCGUUCCUUACCAAGGACCUCAUGCUGGACUGGCGCCGUGGUGAACGUCACUUCAUGGAGAAUCUAAUUGACGGAGACUUUGCUUCCAACCACGGAGGCUGGGGAUUCGGAUCGAGCACGGGGGUGGACCCGCAGCCCUAUUUCCGCAUCUUCAACCCGCUGCGCCAGAGCGAGCGUUUCGAUGCCGAGGGCGAGUACAUCCGCCAUUGGGUACCAGAACUGCGCGACGUGUCUAACAAAGCCAUCCACGAACCUUAUGCCCGCGGGGCUGAGGCUAUCGCGCAGAAGAAUGGGUAUCCCCGGCCGAUUGUGGACCACGCCAAAAGCCGCGAUCGAGCGUUGGAGCGGUUCAAGAGUGCUCUUCAGAAGAGCUAA